GUGCGCGAGGCCACGUACCGCGGCGAACGACAAGUGAUAUGGGCUUCUAAAGUGACACUUGCAUCCGCAAAGACACCUCAGCACCUUCGCCACGUACCUCGAAAUGUUCGCACCGAGUCCACACCGAAUAUGUGACGCACGGACGGCCGAGCAGGAGCAAGCCAGGCUACAGAAGAUCAAGGAACUCACGAGUAUCUUAAAGGACACAGACAAGAACCUCACCGUGUGCGAGGAGAUACUGGCGACUUAUAUAAAGAAACGGUUAAAGGAAAAAAGAGAGGAAAUACAAAAAAGAAGCGAAUUAGAGAACAGGAUGGCUGAAAUAUUGGAAAACCUGAAGACGCGAUUAUUGGUCGAAUAAGUCGAAUAUUUCAAAUCUAUAUAUUUUUAUCAAUUAUUUGUAUGAUUUUCUAGCCAUCGACGGCGCAUUAUCUUUUAUGUUACUUGUUAUUAUACUCUAUUUUGUUUCGUAAAGAAAUAAAACUGUAUUCUACUGAUUUUAUCGUAGUUAAUAUAUAUCAGAACUCUCUUUAUCAAUUCAUUUGAUCAUUUCACGUUACAUUAUCAUAUAAUCCGGAAUCACUGGCAGACAACAAAAAAAGAAAAAUGUAAUAAGGCAACGAUCCUAAUUAUAGAUCAUUUAAGGUUAAAGUAACUUUCGUUCAUUUAUAUAGAUUUGUCGACCAAACAUUAAGAGGAACUUUUAAUACUGAUAUAAGUGACAAAUAUUAUAGCAAAAUAAUUAGAUUUCAAAUUAAUUUAUCAUUUAUUUUAAAUUUACGGAAAAAUAAAUAGAAACGUUUGUAAGUACAUCCCAAUUAUGUGUUAGCAAAUAUUUCGCAUCGCAAUAACAGAUUAUAUGAUAUUUAAUUUUAUAUUAGUAAGGUCCGUAUUUAUAUGGUUAUGUGUGUGUGUGUG